GAGGCUAAUUUGACCUUGGGCAUUUUAACGUAAUAUUGAAAACUAUAUACUGUCAACUUCUAGUUUUGAUCAUCACUUCGUCUUUAUCCCCUGGUUCUGAUAUUUCAGAUUGUUCUAGAUUACCUUCUUUAUUCAAUGCCCAAUAUGAUAUAAACCAGCAUGAUCAUUGUGAUUAUGGGACCAUGUGGUUGCGGAAAAUCAACAGUAGGAAAUGCGUUGGCUACUCAAACUAACUGGCCGUUCAUAGAAGGUGACGGCUAUCAUCCUGACAGUAAUCGAGUAAAAUUAUCUAUGGGGAUUCCAUUGAGUGAUGAAGACCGUUUACCAUGGCUUCAGUCACUAAGAAAUGAGUUAAUGCAACAUAAGAAUGCAAUAUUAGCAUGCAGUGCUUUGAAAAAGUCUUAUCGAAAUAUUUUAUCCAGUAGCAGCGAUGUGAAUGAUCAAACUAGAACACUUUUUGUGUUGCUAAAUGCUAACAAAAGUCUGUUACAGAAACGGGUCAGUGAACGUGAAGGACAUUUUGCACACCCUUCACUUAUAGAAAGCCAGCUAGAAACAUUAGAGUCAUUUGGAGUAGACGAAAAAUACCUUAUUAUUGAUGCUAGUAACUCUGUUGCGGAUAUUACUCAACUAAUCAUGAACACUUUGUCAACCGAAGAAUUCUUUUUAGGACAAUAAAAUCACUUCAUCAAUACAAAUAAAUCUGAAGACAACCCAAUAAAGGCUUUACGAUUCUGCAGAUACUUACUUAAAACAGUACAUAUUUUGAAAUUUGCUAAUAAAAGCAUGCACUUAUUUGUAAAUAUUAAUGUAGAGCAGUUAAAAAUUACGAUGAGAAGUAUUUGCUAAUUAAGAAUUUUUCAACACAAAAA